UCACGUGGUGUGCCUUCAACGAUGUUGCGAGUGGGCGUGUCCUAAACGGUGGGGUUUCAUUCAUAAAUACAUUUAGCUUUUAAAAAGCCCACAUUAACGUGUUCACAGAGAGUUUUAUGUUAUUGGCUUCUCCCCUCCACUCCUGCGUGGACCAGGCUGGUCGAGUAGCCAUGCAGCCCUGCCGUCCUGUUGCUCCGAGGCCAGUGGGCCAGCCCUGAGGGGAACACUUGUGCUCUGGCUCAGUCGGCUGGGCGGGCUGAGGAUGCAGCAAGGGAGCUGAGGAGGAGACUCCUGAGCUACAGCCUGACACGCGGCUGCUGCUGCUGCUGCUGCGCACUACCCUCCAUCAGGCUAAGACCACUUGGCUGGUAGAAAGCAGGAUGUGGUGCAGCGGUACUGCAAAGGAAAACAUUCUAGUGGCAGCCUGAUGUAUGUUUGGUUUUUUGUUUGUUUGUUUGAUUUUUUUUUAUUUUCCGUUACAGUUUUCUUGCUUGGAUGUUAGGUGAAGAGAAUUAGAUGGGCUGGCAGCAAGAGACCUGUAGGCAAGAGAUCACAGGUUGUGUUGCUGAAGUUGAGUGCUGCAGUGACUGGCAGGGGAGCAAGGAUUGCUGAAUGCUGCUGGCAUGUUGCUUCUCCCUUGCUGGGGGGAUUCUCUAGUUGGCUUGGACCAUGAGCAAUGAGUCUACCGUCUGGAACAUCCUACCAGAAAACUCCACAGAGAUCCCAUUUGAGGCAGAGGAGCAACAAGAUGGCUAUGUGCUCCUCCUGGUGAUCGUCUCCAUCUUCCUGGUAGGAACACUGAUCUUCAUCUCUGUCUUCCUCAUCGCUUGCCGUCGCUGCUGUGGAGGAGGGCAAUUCUGUGUCAGGGCCAGCGAUGACCCGGAGAAAACCACCACCUAUAUGGAGGAGUCUCAGCCCACCCACGAAAUCACUAUCAGGGUGGAUGAGUCAGACUGCUUGUCCAUGGCAAGUUCUCACGACCAAGAGACAGAGCGCUUCCUGUCCACAGGCCCCACAGGCCGGCGUGUCUCCUUCAAUGAGGCUGCUCUCUUUGAUCAAGAAAGAAGCAAGAAAACCCAGGAGAAAGGCCGCAGGUACACACUAACCGAAGGUGACUUCCACCACUUGAAGAACGCAAGGCUCACAAACCUCCACAUUCCUCCACCGGCCCUCAAGAUAGUCACCAUCCAUGAAUGUGACUCGGCUGAAAACACCAUCACUAUGACAACGCGUCCUGUUGCUAAGUCAGCGCUUUCCAUCUUCCAGCCGAUGCUGUGCCCUCUCCCACAAACAGCAUUGACAAGCUUGAGUGUCAGUCCUAGUUGUGCCCUCCCUGGAGAUGCUCUCAACUCUGUGGUGGACACCAGCUUCUGUGAUACGACUAUAGCUCUCAGCACCAUGGAACCAAGCUCCAGCUCUUUUGAGAUGAUGGGAGCAGGGCCACAGGGCAGAGGCAGCAGUGUCAGUGUUGGAGAAAGGGCCGUGGUAGGGAACAGUGCUUUCCCUGCUGUGCAGGGCGGUGCAGGGAGCCCAAGGCCUGUGCUGCAGUUCCUUACUAAACUUCGGCGCCAUGCCAGUCUGGAGGGGGCCAGCCCUUACUUCAAGAUAAAGAAAUGGAAGCUGGAUAGCAGCCAAAGAGCCUCCAGCCUGGACACAAGAGGCUCUCCAAAGAGGAGACAGUUCCAGCGCCAACGGGCUGCCAGCGAAAGCAUGGACCAGGAGGACAAUGAUGCCCACCACAUCGACCUCAUCCAGUACAUCGCACGCACCCAAGGUGACACCUACUGCCCAAGUCAGCCCACCACGCGCCUACUGUCGCCUCCGUCCACACCUCCACCCUCCCUCGGCAGAGUAGAGGUAGAGGUGAUGGUGGAGCCCAGUUGCAGUCACAGUGGACCAGGGGUGAUUGGUCUGUCUCCUGAUCCCCAAGAAGAAGCACUCUAUGUGGUAAAAAGUGAAGGUGCCAACCCCUCAGACCCCCUUCAAUUCCAGGAUCCCCAGUCACUUUACAGAGACAUCUGGACACUACGUGCAACUCUUGAACAGUACGCAGCCUCUGACCAGAGCAGCAACAAUGAUAGGAAUUCAGUCUGCAGUGAUGCUGAAAGUGUGUGUUCACUGGGUGGGCGUACAGACACAGAAAGAGGAGGACUUCCCAGCUAUCCAUCCCAGGAUUUAGGGGAUGAGGCAGAGGCUGGAGAGGAAGAAAAGGACUUCUUUGUGUAUAUGGAUGAGACUUUGGGGGUGAAGGAGUCAAGAAAAAGGAAACAGGGAAGCACAGAAUCAGAGCGUGGGGGAAGUGAUGGAGAAUCAGGGACUCGUAAACUGUUGCAGAUGGACAGUGGAUAUGCAUCAAUCGAGGCUCCGUGUCGAGGCCCAGAAGAGCUGCGACUUUUUGGGAACAGCAGCGGCAGCCCUAAAGACAGAACAGCCCUUGAAAAAAGGCACCAUUUCACCAACGCAGGACGAACUGGCACUAUCGGUGAGAGUUUUGAGUCUUAUCUAUGCGAGGAGGAGCCUGAAGAAGAGUUGUUGCAUGGUGCCAGUGGUGGAGUUUCCAUUAAAACAGGAGCUGGGUCACUGACCUGGUUGCCAUAUGGUCAGAUGAUCACACCACGAGAGGCUGUGCAGCCACCUCCUCAGCCACUAACUCUGCACCGGCGCGACUACAGCAUAGACGAGAAGACGGACGCCCUCUUCCACGAGUUUCUCCGCCAUGAUCCUCAGUUUGACCAGCAGGAUUCACCGAGAAAGCACCGUUCCCGGAUCCACCUCCGCAAGCAGUGGCAGCGCCACAAGCAGUGGAGCGACCCUGGCGUAAGACACUUCCAGUCCUCUUUUGAGAGACAGCGGACUCCACUGCGAAGGGGGGACAGCGUAAACUACCCCCUGGACACAAGCUACCAUAGCACACUUCCCCGCAUUGUCAGUGCUCCUGAUGAGGAGACCAGCGAUGGAACCGGCAGCACUCCCGAUACUCCAAAAGUAGACCCAACAACUGUGGAAAAUGAAGGGAAGCAAAAGAAUGAAGGUCUCUCUACCAAAGACUCUGAGGAACACACUUCCUCUCCUCCACCUCAUCACCCCUACAGCUUUGAAAAAGAUGAAGGGCUGAGUGACCAACCUGACCCUCAGGAGGACAGUAAACAGUCUACAUAUCCCCCUGAACCCCCAGAUGAGCGUUCACCCCCUCAGCUGCCUGAUUCUUCAGGCUAUGGCCCUCAAACUAUCACUGCAGAGCUCACAGACAAACUGACUGCUAACCUGGCUGAGAGGCUGUACACAGGCCUUCGCAGGAGCAAACACACAGCCACUGAGUGUGUGAACGUGACGGCCACACAUGCCUCUCCAGACCACAGCCCAGUGUAGCAGGGCUCCAGUCGUUUGCCUCUUCAGCCUCACUUCUGCUAAUACACACUUUGGGUUCCAUUUAGGUUUGUCUUAAUUGUGUUCUUUCUGUGUAGAGCUUGAAUUGACAAGAUCCAGACCCACAAAAAAAAAAAAAACAUCAGUUUACAAAAAAACAGAUCAUUGUACAAACAUCCCGUGUCAGCAUUAAAUCUGUUUAAUGUUGUGAUUUUACAGUCUACCAACAAAGAAAAAAUAUUAUUUUAACCUAAAGAUGAAGAGUUAGCAUAAAAGUCACAUAGUUUUAAUAAUAACUUUUCUGUCUGUAUUAUUGUUAUGUCUCUGCUGUUGUCUUUCUAGUCUCAGCUGUCCAGUUAAAACUAAAUUAAGCUGAGGGUGUGUGCAGCGUCUGUACUCACUGAUCCACUGUGAAACCGGGUGCUAUUAGACAAACUGAAACCUGCUAAACUGGACGUAACAGUCAGCUCCCAGUCCUGAGAUUAUACAGUAUUUGAUAAUAAUUAGAUGUAACAUAUUUACAAGGAAAAGGAUUUGUUCAAAUUUUAAAGAAUCUGUCUAAAUUAUUUGGGCUGAAUUUAUCUUGAUGUUGGUAAUCCAGACCUUCCAGAAUCUGUGUGUGUUUUGCUCAGGAUGCUUGUUUAGAGUCUUUCCCAGUUUGUGGGUCAGGACCCGUCAAAGUUGUCCUUUUGAAAUGAAAGACAAGACAUGCUUUGAUUUUCUUUUCCAAGUGUGUGACAGAUCACGAGUUGCAGCUUUCUGGGUUGAAAAUGCAAAAUGCUUCUCAUCUUUGUGGCAAAGUUCUUGUUUACUUUCAGUUUGUUUGUUUGUUUAAUAAGUAGUAAUAUAUUUUUGUAAGUAAGCAUUGCUUAAAUGACAAUGGAAACUGAUGUGGCAAAUUUGAUGUGAAGAGGUCCUGCAGCACCAGAACUAUUAAACCUGACAGGCUCCAGCAUUUUGAUAUAAUGGCUCUAGAUUAUCCAAAUAAGCUCAAAUAAACUUUGAGGACAUUUGAUGUCAUUGAUAGGUCAUGUCUGUCCCGACACACUCAAAAAAAUGAGAACUGCUGUUAUUUGGACCAAAUAAUGCUAUUUAUGCCAAUGUAAAAUUAGUUAGAUCAGCUCAGUCAAAUGAAAUCAGAUCCAGCCUUAGUGGAAAGCCAAGCCAGCCCGUGUAUAUUAAUCUGAAACAAAGGAAUUAGUUAAAUAUGAAAAGAAAG